GAUUAAUAAUAAACAGCUUUCACAGAUAGAAGUAUCUUUGACUAGUCAGUAUGGUUAACUAACUGCUGUGUUAAUGUAAUUAACUGCUGUGUUUGUGCAAUUCUAUUAUUAAAAGUCUCUCAACACGACCCGGUUAUGAACUUUUAUUUUGAAAGACCCAGUCAUGUUUGUUCGCGGUCAGUGAUUGGAUGAGCGGAUUGUCCAACAGGAAGUCGUGACAGUAGACUGCAAGGAGGCCGAAUCGUCACGUGUAAUUCUUCAAAAUGCUGCGUCGAGAGGUGAGACUGAGGAAGGAGUACCUGUACAGGAAAGCCCAGGAGGACAGAUUGUGCACUAUUGAAGAGAAGAAACAGAAGCUCAAAUCUUCAUUGGACGAAAACCGUCUUAUACCCACUGAGGUUCGGAAAGAGGCAUUAGAGCUACAGAAACUUUUGGAGUUUGAUGAUGAGGGUGGAGAAGGUAUCAGCUCUCAUAUGGAUGAUGAGUACAAAUGGGCAGGAGUGGAAGACCCUAAAGUCAUGGUCACAACAUCCAGAGACCCCAGCUCCAGACUCAAGAUGUUUGCCAAAGAAAUGAAGCUCAUGUUUCCUGGAGCCCAGCGUAUGAACAGAGGAAACCAUGAGGUUAAAACAUUAGUACAUGCGUGCAAAGCUAAUAGUGUCACUGACCUUGUCAUUGUCCAUGAGACAAGAGGCCAGCCAGAUGGUUUGGUUGUAUGCCACCUCCCUUUCGGGCCAACAGCAUACUUCACAUUGUAUAAUGUGGUAAUGAGACAUGAUGUUCCUGACAUCGGCACCAUGUCUGAAGCCUACCCUCACCUAAUCUUUCACAACUUCUCAUCACGUCUUGGAAGAAGGGUGUCCAACAUCCUAAAGUACCUGUUUCCAGUACCGAAAGAGGAUAGUAGACGUGUUAUUACAUUUGCAAAUACAGAUGACUUCAUCUCUUUCAGUUUUGUAAAUUGCAGACACCACACCUACAAGAAAACAGACCACAAAAACAUUGAGUUGUCAGAAGUUGGACCUAGAUUUGAAAUGAAAUUGUACAUGAUCAAGCUCGGCACACUGGAAAAUGAGAACACUGCUGAUGUUGAAUGGCGACACCACUCUUUCAUACGUACUGCCAAAAAGAGGAAAUUCUUGAGUGUGGAGUAGCCAUAUAUAUUUGUCAGAAAUGUGUAUUGGUCAAUUCUUAUGGACAUUUCCAAAUGAAUUCCACCUACAUAGUGGUCAUCUUUUUUUUAAUGUUUUUUCUUCAUUUAAUUGUGACACUGACAAAUUUGGAAGCAAGGUGGGGAAAUUGCUCUCUGCAGAACGACGUUAUAAUAUUGUUUACAAAUUAAGUAUUUUGUACAGCACUCACUAAACAUUAAAAAAAAACUUUACCAUG